CAUUUGUCUCUUAGUGCUCGCUGAGGAGGGACUCAGCCAGAGCCGCUGCUCAGAGGCUGCCUCACACUGGAAGGAUGCAGACGGUGAAAGAAGAGAUUCCACUACAGUUAAUUAAGGAGCACUCCGCACGUGCCUAUAAAUGCGAAGGGGCAAAUGAAUUCAGUGUCAGUGGGAGCAGCUCCUCAAGGGGAAGCAGUGAUAUUUCAAAGGUGGAAUUGAAAGAGCUGUAAAUCUAUUUCCUGACUCCGGCUUGACGGUCAUUUCUGAAUCACUGGACUGUUGCUAUCAAAGUGUGGAGCAGGGAGGCAGAGUCAGUGGAGUUCCCUCCUCGAGCCAAAUUCAGAGUUAUUGGAUGGGAUCAACAUGAGCAGAAUUAUGGAUGGAUUUAUGUCAUUCUGUUGAGAGAUUUAUACACUCUUUGUUGUGUUGCUCAGCAGAUGUGUCCUGUCAUGUCCUGGCUGCUCUGCCUGUGCCUCUGGGUCAGCGUGACUGCCAUCCAGCUGUGUCAGGCCACUUUCUACGACACAAUCCAACAGCAUCAUGGGACGAGGCCUGGGCGAACCACGAUUCACAUGAUCGAGGGGGGCACAUGUGAAGUAAUUGCCGCUCACAGAUGCUGUAAUAAGAAUCGUAUCGAGGAGCGGUCACAGACAGUCAAAUGUUCUUGUCUGCCAGGGAAGGUGGCUGGAACCACCAGAAACAGGCCUUCAUGUGUUGACGCAUCCAUAGUAAUUGGGAAGUGGUGGUGUGAGAUGGAGCCUUGCCUGGAGGGGGAGGAAUGCAAGACGCUCCCUGACAACUCAGGCUGGAUGUGCUAUGCCGGGAACAAGAUCAAAACCACAAGGAACACUCAGCCAUACACAACAUCAACAUAUUAGCAUUUUGUGGGAAGGAUGCAAAGGAACAGCCCCGGUGCAGAGGUUAACUUGCAGCACUGUCAUGGGAUCAAUUAUCACAAGAGACAAUUAACCUAUAGUUGCUUUAAGAAAUGUGAACGCUUCACGAGUUAAAGUGUAAAAAAAAGUAGAAUAUAUUAAGCACAUCCUGCUCAAGGCUCCUGAAAAUACUGACACUCCAAGCUGCCUGCGGGAAACUUCAUCAUAACCUUGUAAUGAAUAUAUUUUCGUCUUUUUUUUUUCCAACUUUGAGCUGGAACGUGACUGUCUGCAUUUGGAAUAUCUGGAGAGAAUUUGACGUCCUUCAGACAUCAGUAAGACAGAUGUCGACUACGAAGCACCAAACAGGGGAGGAAUAUAUCAAAAGACACGGGAUACAGAAGUUGACAGCCCUCAGGAUUUUCUUUUCUCUUUUUAAUAUUGAUAGAAGAAAAAUAUUGUACAUAAAUAGUUUGUCCUUCUUUGUGUACAUGAACUUUAUUUAUAGUGGUGGUGAAUCUUCCCUCUUCCUACCCACGAAUCCCAACACAGCCAAAGUUCGAUAAGUAUAUGAAAUGGUGAAACAGAUGCAUUACAGUGGAGAUGUUUUACAAGUACAGCUUGUGUGUCUUGAUACAUUUUACCAUUUGUUUGUAUGGUACUUGUAUGCCUUUGAUCACCUCCUAAACGACUUUACCAGUUGAAUUUGGUAACAUGUCAGCUACCCUGAAACUGAUCGAUUCACCAAAAAUGUGAUGCCAGUUGGUUCUUUUCGAUACUUGAAAUGCCUUAUUUGUGUUAAAUCAUUCAAAUGAUGAUAUUGUACAUAUGAAGCCAUCUAUUGAUAUGUGCUGAAGUUUCAUUAAAGUCAUUGUUCCUGUUA